AUGUCUUCGAGAAUCCUCGCCGCCAGCGCCCGCGCUGUGCCCCGUGCCGUCCCCGCCGUGCGCAACCGCCCCGCACCUUCCAAACAUCCGCCACCCUCCGCGACGCCGUCGCAACACCUCUGCCAGCACGGAAACCCGUGGGCGCCUUUUCGAGGGGGCUCCCUCGCCGGCGCCGGCGUCUACUCCUACCUCGUCAAGGAGUACAAGCUCUCGAACGAGCUCCUCACCGAGGACAUUUACGCUCUGCAAGCGGCUGUUCAGCGGGUGACCGUCUACGUCCAGACGCUGGAGGAGAAGAUGGACGCGCUCGAGCGCAAGAGGAAAUAA